CGGCUGCGCUCCUGGCUCCGGACUCUGCAAGCCGCUGUCCAACCCCGGAAGCCAGACGCCUGUUCAGCUCCGUCCUCGGCUUGUCAAAGGAGCCCGCCAGUCACCCCGCUCUUGGUGGUGAAACUGAGGCAAAGAAAGAUGAUGAAAGGUUUGGCCACCGGGACGCGGUCCUGGCUUGUCGGUCUGGGUGGCUGCAUUCUCCUUAGCAGCUUUGGGGACCCCAGCGCAGCUCUCUCGAGCACUCCCUCCCUUCCUCCCGCCCUUCCUUCCCCGCGGCCGCCGCGGCGCUGGGGGAAGCUGGCGGAGAGGAGUGGCCCAGCCCUGGAAGAAUGCAGCGUUGCCGAGGGGGCAGAACCCGGAGCAGUCUCCCCAGAGUUUGAGCGGCCCGAGCCUAGUCCAGGCGGCCCAGCCGCGCCGGUCACGGACCCAGCACCGGAACCGCUGGAGGCCCUGACCACAUCUGCCCACCGGAGCCUCCGGGCUUCGACAUGCUGGAGGAGCCCCAGCAGCGGACUCUGCCCUUGGGCCUCGCGGGUCUCCUGCUCCUUGCGGUGUGCAGUCGGGCGCUCAGCAAUGAGAUUCUGGGCCUGAAGCUGCCCGGGGAGCCGCCGCUGACGGCCAACACCGUGUGCUUGACGCUGUCCGGCCUAAGCAAGCGCCAGCUGGGCCUGUGCCUGCGCAGCCCCGACGUGACGGCCUCUGCGCUUCAGGGUCUGCACGUCGCCGUGCACGAGUGCCAGCACCAGCUGCGCGACCAGCGCUGGAACUGCUCGGCGCUCGAGGGCGGCGGCCGCCUGCCGCACCACAGCGCCAUCCUCAAGCGCGGUUUCCGUGAGAGUGCCUUCUCCUUCUCCAUGCUGGCUGCUGGGGUAAUGCAUGCGGUAGCCACAGCCUGCAGCCUGGGCAAGCUGGUGAGCUGUGGCUGUGGCUGGAAGGGCAGCGGUGAGCAGGAUCGGCUCAGGUCCAAACUGCUGCAGCUGCAGGCGCUAUCCCGGGGCAAGAGUUUUCCCCACUCCCUGCCCAGCCCUGGCCCCGGCUCAGGCUCCAGCCCUGGCCCCCAGGACACGUGGGAAUGGGGUGGCUGUAACCAUGACAUGGACUUUGGAGAGAAGUUCUCUCGGGACUUCUUGGAUUCCAGGGAAGCUCCCCGGGACAUCCAGGCGAGAAUGCGAAUCCAUAACAACAGGGUGGGGCGCCAGGUGGUAACUGAAAACCUGAAGCGGAAAUGCAAGUGCCAUGGCACUUCAGGCAGCUGCCAGUUUAAAACAUGCUGGAGGGCAGCCCCAGAGUUCCGGGCAGUGGGGGCAGCGCUGAGGGAGCGGCUGGGCCGAGCCAUCUUCAUCGACACCCACAACCGCAAUUCUGGAGCCUUCCAACCCCGCCUGCGUCCCCGGCGACUAUCAGGAGAGCUGGUCUACUUUGAGAAAUCACCCGACUUCUGCGAGCGAGACCCCACGGUGGGCUCCCCGGGCACGAGGGGCCGGGCUUGCAACAAGACCAGCCGCCUGCUGGAUGGCUGCGGGAGCCUGUGCUGCGGCCGGGGGCACAACGUGCUCCGGCAGACGCGAGUUGAGCGCUGCCACUGCCGCUUUCACUGGUGCUGCUACGUGCUAUGUGACGAGUGCAAAGUCACAGAAUGGGUCAAUGUGUGCAAGUGAGGCCAGCCUCACCCUAGGGGCUGGGGAAGGGAAGUCCUUGGCUCUGGUUUCUGUCCAGGGUCCUCCUUGGCUCCUGGAAGUUCAAAAGCAUCUACCUGGAACCAGCUUUUGAGGGUGGUAGGGGUCAGGUGAAGUCUCCCCAACCCCUGCCAAGUUAGCUGGAUUUGGGAGAAAUGUGCCAUCCCUCUUCCUUAAACACCUGAAUGGCCCAAGAUGAAAUUCACAGUCUUGGGCACCCUUUAACCCUGAUUCUUGUUCCUUGUUUUUGACCACUCCUUUCUCUCGUGAGUGAUAACUCCAGAUAUGCAGAAGUUAGAGGUGGAGCCAGUAAGACCUAUAUCUGAAAGGAGACCCCCUCACUGCUAUCUACUGUUUGCAGCUCCUCUACAAUAGCCUGGCUCUCCUCUUGAAAGGUAAUGGGAGACAGUGAUGGAAAGAUUUGUCUUGGGGGACAAGAUGGGAAGGUGGGGUAGGGUCUUCUCCCCUGAAUCCUGUCCAGGCCCUUAGAAAAUGAGCUUCCUUCCAUUCAGGUGUUAAAAUAGACCCUCCAAAGGAAGGUUUUUUUUUUUUUUUUUUUUUUUUUUUGACAGGCAGAGUGGAUAGUGAGAGAGAGAGAGAGAGAGACAGAGAGAAAGGUCUUCCUUUUUGCAGUUGGUUCACCCUCCAAUGGCCGCCGCGGUAGGUGCGCUGCGGCCGGCGCACCGCGCUGAUCCGAUGGCAGGAGCCAGGUGCUUCUCCUGGUCUCCCAUGGGGUGCAGGGCCCAAGCACUUGGGCCAUCCUCCACUGCACUCUCGGGCCACAGCAGAGAGCUGGCCUGGAAGAGGGGCAACUGGGACAGGAUCGGUGCCCCGACCGGGACUAGAACCCAGUGUGCCUGCGCCGCAAGGCGGAGGAUUAGCCUAGUGAGCCGCGGUGCCGGCCUUUUUUUUUUUUUUUUAACCUAAGACUCUUGGAGCCUUUUUCCUUCUUCAGCAGGAGGGUUGAGAAUGGAUAAUUUAUUGUACUGAGACUUGUUCUUGGUUCCUGUUUGAAAAUAAAAUAAAUUAAGC